AUGCUGGCCCGAGAAAGAAAUAAUUUAAUCCAAGAAAAAUAUUUGACGAUUGUCGAACAUAAUCUAAAAACAGCAAAGUUUACCCUUAAUAACCUUCCUGCACAAGCGGUCCAUUCCCGAAUUACUUCUGGUCUAUUGCCCUUAGCCACUUUAAAAAGUUUCGUUCAAGAGAAAAUGAAUUAUGAAUUGGUGCUACGAGAGGAAAAAUUUUUACAUUUUUGUCAAGAAAUAAAAGAGAUUCUGGAAAAGAAAAAAAUUACCGUUUCCAUGCACUCAUCCCAAUUUUUUAGUUUGGCUUCUGAUGACAAGACGAUAAGGGAAAAUUCCCAAGCUGAGUUAAUUUAUUAUGCGAACAUUUUAUCAUUAAUAGCAAAAGAAUUUAUUAUCACUAUCCACCUUAAUUCCAAAUGGGAAUUGGUUGAGCAACUGGGAGAAGAAAAAUAUUUGCAAUGA